AUGACUUCCAAAUCUUUGAAUCCAAAAGCUAAAGAAUGGAAGCCACCGCAAUCCCAGCUUUCAGCUCCACUUCAACCGCUGCAACUGGUGACUUGCACUGCAGCUCAACUCCCUGAACAAUCAUGUUAUCACACAACUGUACGCUCGCCGCAUCAACCUUUUUAUCAGCCUACUUUUAUUCCUUUUAUGCCAUACCAUUACGGGUAUUUUAUCUAUAGUCCCACGACUAUUUCACUUGAUCAAAUUCGCGAUGUAUCCUAUGACGAAAAUUUGAGGAGUCCCUACAUUAAAGGGGGGAAAGUUUUGGAGAGUUGUUGGAGAAGACCAAGAACCCAAUUGAAGUGUUUGCCUCCCAGGAUUUUAAUUGCUAGGAAGUCCUGUAAUAUGGAAACCAAGAAGAAGAAGAAGUUGGACAGACAACUGAGACAAGAAUGGAUGUGUAGGAAGAAUCACAAAAAAUCUGAAAGUGGUCUUGUCGUUUCAUCUACCGAAGAAGACUUUUUACUUUCUGGAAAAACUACUGUGAUGAUCAAGAACAUACCUAAUCAGUUCAGGAGAGAUGAUAUGCUCGAGUUUCUUGAUCAGCAUUGCCAGAUGUACACUUUGAAGUAUGAUUUUUUCUACUUGCCAAUGGAUUUCAGAAGCAAAGACAAUCUAGGAUAUGCCUUUGUUAACUUCACAAAUGCUGCUGGUGCUAUAAAGAUGAUGGAGAUUCUGCAAAACUACCAGUGGGGAACAAUUCAGACUUGUAAAGGGACUUUUGUUUCCAAGAAAACAUGUGAAGUUGCUUGGGCUAGAAUCCAAGGCCAGAAAGAUCUGAUGGCAAGAUUUCAGCAUUCGAAUUUCAGUUGUGAUCAACUGGAUUUCUUGCCUGUGGUUUUCGAUCCACCUCGCAAUGGCUCUGAACCUAAUUCCGUUGAAAUUGUCGUCGGUAGAUUGCAGCGCACUGUGUUGUGCAAGAUGAAAUAG